GGGCCAGAGUGAGGGAGGAAGGAAGGGAAGGGCAGGGAGGGAGGGAAAGUACGGGGAGGAGGAACAUCAACGAACGAGGAGUUUGCAGGAACGGAGCGCAGCGAGUGGGGAAUUCGGUGGAGAAUCAAAAGCAUGGCGCUCGCUUCGCACCCCGUGGGAGUGGGAGUGCGAGUGUUCGCUGCCGGGGUGGAGUCGAGGAAUUCGCUCGGGGCGGGGAGAAUCGCGGCGCUUUGUGACAGCUGCAGCAGCAGGAGUAGCAACGACCUGAGCUCGCACUCGCGGGAAAGAAUCGCUUCGCGCAGCAUCGCGACGACGCUUGCCGGGCCGCGGAUCCACUCCCGAGGCGCCCGCUGCUCGUCCGUCUCGCUGCAAGACUCGGACGCGUCGCCGUCGCAAGCGAACGAUGAGCGCGCGAGCUUCGUCUCGAGCCCGAAUUUCCAGACGGGCAAAACGCCCUCGGGGAGCAACAGGAUUCCCUCGCUCGCCGAGCAGCUGCGGCUGUCGGUGAUCGGGGACUCGAGCGGCGACGGCAGCAGCGAUGGCGGCGCGGUCGAGGCGCGCGGGCAGCAGCCGAUCGGCGCCAAGCGCGACAGGCAGCAGCCGCGGUACGCCGUGGAACGAUGGGCGCCGCGCGGGUCGAAGUACAACCGCGCGACGGACGUGCUGCAGUUGCUGAAGGGCGCGGAGGGCGAGGACGAGGGCGCGGUGGAGCGGGCGCUGCAGAAUUGGGACGGCAGUCUGGGCGCUCGCGAUGUCUGCGCGGUAAUCUCCGGGCUCAAGUGGCGCAAGGCGCUCUCCUUCUUCCGGUGGGCGCAGCGGCGCGACUUCGAGCUCAACAUCGUCGUCUACAACGUGCUGUUGGGCGCCAUGCGCGCCGGUCGGCAGUGGAAGGUCGCGGAGGCCUUCGCCCUGGACAUGGUCCGCGACGGGCUCCCGCUCGACAAUUACACCUUCAGCACGCUCAUCAGCUGCGCCCUCCAGUGCAAAGCCCCGCGCGACGCGCUGGCCUGGUUCGACCGAAUGCAGGCCGCGGGCGUCGUGCCCGACGAGGUGACCUACAGCACCAUGACGCUCGUCUUCUCGCGCCUGGGCCGCUUCGACGAGGCGGUGGAGCUGUACGAGACUCUGCGCCUCACCGGCUGGAAACCGGACCGCGUCACCUUCGGCUCGAUGGUGAAUGUGUACGCGCGCGCCGGAAAGUACCAGAAGGCGUCGGCCGUGAUCAAGGAGAUGAAGGAUAUCGGCAUGCAGCCCGACGCCGUGGUCUACAACACGAUGAUCAAAUUCUUCGCGCGCGAAGGGAAGACGGGCCAGGCCAAGCGCGUGUUCAAGGAGAUGGAGGCCGUGGGCAUCAAGGCCUCCGAGUACACGCUGAGCCUCAUGAUCGACGUGCACGGGCGGUCCGGCAAUGUCGAGGAGGCGCUGGCGCUGUUCGCGCGCAUGAAGGCCGAGAAUCUGCCUCUCGACACCGCUGUCUACAAUUCGCUCCUCAAGAUGUGCGGCGAGGAGCGCAUGGUCGCCGAGGGCGAGCGCCUCGUCGCGGAGAUGGCGGCCCGCGGUCUGAAGCGCGACGAGAUGACCUACAAGUCGCUCGUGAACCUGUACGCGAAGGAAGGCCGGAUCGACGAUGCGGUGCGCGCGAUGCAGCAGAUGGCCGAGGCUGGCUGCCCCGCGGAUGUCGUCGUGUAUUCGUGUUUGAUCAAAGCCUGCGGCAGCUCGAAGCAGUUCGAGCGGGCGGAGCAAUUCUUCGAGGACAUGUUGGCCUCCGGAGCCUCGGUCGACGACAGGUGCUGCGGGGUGCUGCUUUCCCUGAUGAAUGCGUGCGAGACUGACGAGCACCGGACCCCUGUUCUCAGAUGCCUGCGAAAAGCUAAACCCAGUCUCUUUAAAAUUGUCAGUCUCUUGCUGUCUGAGGACGUCAAUUCUGGCGAUCUCGAGGACCAAGUCCGGAGUCUGCUGGCCGACUCCGUGUCGGAUUCUCAGAGACCUUUCUGCAAUUCGUUGAUUGAUUUCUGUUGGACUCUCGGCCACAAGGAGCGAGCCGAAUCUCUCCUGGCUCUGGCAGAUUCCCUGAAAGUGUAUCCAGGCUCCCUCCGAACGCACACGAACCUCGUUUGGAUUCUGCACCUCCGGUCUCUCUCUUUCAGUACAGCGCUCUGCGCUCUUUCGGUCUGGAUAAACUUCCUGAGAAAUCAGGUGGCAGAGGAGCAGGAAUUACCCGAAACUUUAGUCAUCGAAACAGGUGCCGGGAGAAACAGGGGAGGAGACGAGAUCCGUCUCAUCUCUGUCAUUUUAGCAGAAUUGAAGGAGAUGAGUGCUCCAUUUGAGGCCAGUCCUGAGAGGGCAGAUUGGUUAGUUGCUUCUGGGGCAUCCGUGAAGUCAUGGCUCUCAUCUGGAGUGAAAGCGGAUCAGGAUAGGAAUGAAAUUUCCAGUGAGGCGUGACCAUGAACAGGUCCCGAGAUAAACCUCGCAAAUUUUCAGGGUGUUCUCCUGGCAUGGGUAGUGGACUCAUCGUGUUCCACCCGAGGCAAAAGAUGAAUAUGCACACUGAUAAGACACCCUCGAUUACAGGGCACCAAUUAAUUGUGUGCUGUCACGCGAUUUUGAUGAUUGGUACAGUGAGUUAGGUCAGUGUAUCUUCUUUGAGAAGACUUCUCACUCUUUAGUAGGAAACGAAAGUUAUUUUACUAUAUAACUGGUCACCAUUGCACAAUUAUUUGUGCACACUGUUCAGCAAGAGCAGAACAUGUAGAACGUCUUUAGAACUAGGGCCACUUAAUCAGCAAUUGUUGUCGUGCGGGAACUAUGCAUCAGAUCAACAGAGACCUCUUCUCUGUAGUUGAGUUCAGUGUAGUCUUUGUUCCUCAGAAGAUUGCAUGUCUAUAUUAUCGCUUUAGUAACACAUUUUGAAGGUCGGCACGUCUCACUGUAAUUGUUAUCUGGCGCGAGCCCCUUCCGGCUGUUUACAAUGAAACAGAAGCCAGAAUCUUGCAGAUCAGGUGUCAAGGACGAAGUACAGGCCGUCCCUAAUACGAGCACCAAAUUGCUCAAUGCCUGAGACGUAGAUGGGCGUACGGGCCUUGGUCAAGGGUGCGCUCAUCAUCUGCCUGCCUUUGUGGAUGCCAACGCCAUGCCUCUACACAUGUACAUCUGUACGUAUGAUCUUUGGUGAAAUUUGCGGAGUUAGUAAAUUUCAGAUUCAGUUUCCAGAAUUCGACGCCUAAACAGCAGCAAGGGAUCAUAAAUUGCCUUCUGUGUUAUCCACGGAGAGUUCAUGAAGUAAUUACAUCGAUUUUGAACAGUGUUGGAAAUUAAUUGAACAUGUUGAGUUAG